AUGCCAACGAAUCCGAUUAAUCAAGCUAAUUUUGAAAUUCCAGAAAAUGUAUUUUUAGCUUAUCCUGAAUUUCACAAGACAGCUCAAAUUGAUAUAUUUAUUGGCGUUAAAGUGUUUUAUAAACUUUUAUGCAUCGGCCAAAAGUCUUUAAAAAAUCACCCUGAAGCUGUGCUUCAAAAGACUAAAUUCGGUUGGAUUGUGGCUGGAGAAAUAAAAAGUCCUCCCUCAACCGGUAACGUUCAGUGUCAUAUAAUGAUACACUCGACGCCCCUCCAAGCCAAUCUCACUCGAUUUUGGGAAAUAGAAGAAAUUCCUGCUUUAAGGAUUCUUUCGGCUGAAGAAGAGGCCUGCGAAGCGUAUUUUAAAAACAAUAUAAAACGUAAUUCCGAAAGGAGAUAUGUCGUCAAAUUGCCCUUCAACGAAAGCAAACGAAGACUAGGUAAAUCUUUUUUCACAGCCAUUCCUCCAUUUAAUUAUCUAGAAAAUCGUUUUGCAAAAAGUCAAUCGUUAAAAAAUGAAUAUAGAAACUUCGUAGAAGAAUAUAAAUCACAAGAUCACAUGUCGCUAAUUAAAUCAGAAAUACUUGCGGAAUCUGGAUUUUAUCUUCCCUACUAUGCCGUAAUAAAAAAGGACAGCCUAACAACAAAAACUCUUGUCCUAUUCGAUGGGUCCGAUGAAACCUUUCUCGCAUAUCGUUCAAUGAUUCAUUAA